UUGUGAGGAAAAGCGGUAGAAAAUGAAUGAAUGUAUAUAACUUCUUAGCAUAUCAACACGUGUUUGUUUACAAUAUAUCAACGUUCCCUUUAAUCAGGUCAUUUCUCAUGUAUGUGGCCUUCUUUCCUAAAUGAGUCAUGGGGAAAAAGAGUAAUCUUUAUAUUAUGACAGAGCAUGGUGAUGUCUGAUUUUAACAAUGAUUUUAACAUUUCUGAUUGCUCUUUUCUUCCAUUUGAAGCUUCGUAUGACUCAGCGAUAACGCUUGAAUCGCAUGAAGAACAUUCUCCAGUGCUCAGCUGUGUUAACAUUGCUGUCAGAGAUAUGAGACAUUGAAAUAUUCAUUCUUUCUUUUAGUGUUUUGUUUGUUCUCAACAUGCUUUUGUUGUUUGACAGGCCCGACGUGUCAUUGGCUUUCUGUAUAUUUGCUUUAGAUCCAGUUUUGUCCAUUUGAGUUCUGCUGUCAAACUAUAUAUUCAUUGAUGCAUCGCUCAGCUGAAAGCAAUCUAUUUUCUAUGCUGCUUAUCCUCACUAGGGUCGCGGGUAUGCUGGAGCCUAUCCCAGCUGUCGUUGUGGCCCUGUGAGGACAAUUAUGACUGCGAUGUGGCUGUCAAUGAAAACGAGUUUGACACCCCUGUACUACAGCGUUCUAGUAUGAAUGCUGGUCUCCCAGCAUUUGAUGCUCGUUACUGACUGUUUUAGCAAUUAGCUGCAAAAAGAGUUGCUCCCCAGUCGGGCCCGAUUAAGGCCACCAGUGGAAUAGCCCUGUUGUGUUUUGUGGACGUUGUUAUGCAGUCUACAUUGGAUAAAAAACAUAUUGAUCAAUGUUAACUUUUAGUACUCAUGCGCGGCCGCUAGAGAUGUUUCUGUGUAUUUGUGUAGGUCAAGCUUUUUAAAGAUCCACUUAGCCGAUCACGCAGUGUCAUGUUGCCCGAAUGCGGAGCUGUGAUCAGUUUUGAUUCUGUUUCAGAGCGGCAACAAACUGACACUGUAUGAUGGUAUUCCCUUCUAGCUGAAACACAACACGCUGCCUUUUAUCUUUGCAACUUCACAGUGCCUCACACUGUGAAAACGCCUUUUUCCCCCAAAAAAAGCUUUUGGCAUUCUCGGCUGCUCAAGGGUAAUCUUAUGCAAUGUAUCACCUGAUUCAUUCUGAGCAUCUGUAUUUUUUUUUAAUAGCAUGAAGGACAUUUUCUCCUGUCCACUCUCUCUUCCCCUCUCCAUUCAUCUCACCUAAUGCAUGUCACCUAAUAAACUAUUCAUCACCGCGGGUCCAGACACUCGGGAUGAUGUCUGCUUCCAGGAAAGCGGAGACAAACAUCAGUUGAAGCCGCCCCCCACCCCGCCUCGACCCUGUUGGCUGCUCUGCUGCACAGGGCACAGCUAAGUAUGGGGUAAGAGCGCUGAGAGGCAACAUUACAGCGAGCACUCAGCAGCACAGGUCAUGGCGGUGCUGCGGAUGAGGCUGAAGGUUGUGGUGAUGGUGACGAUGGCGAACCUCUUCAUCUACAUCCUAGUUUUACGUCACGGCAGCCAGUACAAGAACAACAACUUGAAGUUCAUCGUCUCCUUAAAGUCGUUCUGGAACAAAAUGGUGCCCAGCGUGGCUUACUGGAACCGCCAGCAGCAGAUAUUGGACUUUUGGAACAACCCCAUCCUGUCCAAUCACAGCCAAGGGGGCUUGCCAGACUGGCUCAACGGCACGCAGGUGGACUCUGACACCUGUCGGCCCGAUUUCAGCGUUAGCACUCAGGUGAAAGACUACAACUCCUUACCCGAGCGCUUCAAGGACUUCCUGCUUUACAUGCGCUGCCGCUCGUACCCCAUCCUGGUGGACCAGCCCGACAUCUGCAAGAAGCCCCCGUUUCUGCUUCUGGCCGUUAAAUCGCUGGCGCUGCAUUUCGACCGCCGCCAGGCCAUCCGACAGUCGUGGGGGCGGGCGGGCGUUGUGGGCAAUCGCACCAUAGUCACCGUCUUCCUUCUGGGCCAAGCCACGGCAGGAGACGACCAUCCGGAUGUGUCGGAGAUGCUGACGUACGAGAGCGUUCGCCACCGAGACAUCCUCCAGUGGGAUUAUCGGGAUUCCUUUUUUAACUUGACCAUCAAGGAGGUUCUCUUCCUGGAUUGGAUUCAAACGCGCUGUCCUGAUGCCAGCUUCAUCUUCAAAGGCGACGACGACGUCUUCGUUAACACCUACAGCAUGUUGAGCUUCCUUGAUCACCUGACGGAGCCCAAAGCCGCUGACCUUUUUGUGGGCGAUGUCAUCACCAAUGCGGGGCCACAACGGGACAAGAAGGUGAAGUACUUCAUCCCGCAGAGCAUGUACAUAGGCUCCUACCCUCCUUACGCCGGCGGCGGAGGCUACCUCUAUUCCAGAAGCGUGGCCGCUCGUCUUCACGAGGCUUCCCACCGCGUGGCGCUCUACCCGAUAGACGACGUCUACACAGGCAUGUGCCUGCUCAAGCUGGGGCUGGCCCCUGAGAAACACAAGGGCUUCAGGACCUUCAACAUUGAGGAGAAGUACCGUAACAACCCCUGCGCCUACAGAAGCCUCAUGCUCGUGCAUCCGAGGACGCCGCAGGAGAUGAUGCGGAUCUGGUCCUGGCUCAGCCAGCCGGACCUCAGCUGCCAGUGAGCAGGAGUCAGGACUCUUAAAGAUGGCAGCUCCCAAAGCUGCUAGUAUUUUAAAUGUCUGCUUUGCUGUACAAAACAGCUUCAAUCAAACCAUUUCUCUUUGCACGGCACAUAUUUACAUCACAACUAUUUAUAUGGAACGCUUUAACACUGUGUCAGCUCCACAAGGGGGCGCCAAAAUGCUGUAUUAUUGUUUUUUUUUAGGUAAGAAACCAACUCCAGGUUAUUCCUUUGGUGAUAUUAGCCCACAUUUUUUUCCCAGAACACCAGCAUAAAAUUCCUGACAUUAGGAACAUCUCAUAAAUCCCACACACAAAACUAUAUCGGGAAUGCUGAAUUCUGCAUCCUGAGUGGUUUGGGGAAUCGGGACCGCUGUUGUUUCAGUCACCGAUGGUGGCGGUCAGAGGUAAAAUGCAGUGGGGUCUGUUUUAUUUCCACACUCGUUCUCGUGGAUGGAGGCUACUGUCGCGGUGCUGCUAGUCCCGCCAGACUCCUUCCAGUAUUUACUGUACGUGGGACUCUCUCUCUCACAGACCCAAAGCCCUGACUUCGCUGCCGGGGCAACCGCUUGGCUCGUCCUCAUCGUCUCGCUUUUGUUCAAAACGCAAAAAAAAUGCCUCAAGUGCUGGAUGUGAGCUUGUAUGUGUUUCUUGUAUGAUGUGAUGGAUCCAUGUUACUGAAAAGGAAACCGUUUUUUUUUUUAUUCCCAAAGGUCAGGAAAGCAUGUAUUAAGCUCAAAAAUUAUUCAUACUUUUUUUCAUCUUUACUUUGUAUUAAAAAAGAUACUUAUUACACCAGAAAUGCAUAAGAUUAAAUUUUUAUUUAUUUAUUUAGAAGUACAGCAUACAUGGAUAUUUUCAUUAUUUAUUUGAAAUUCUGACAAAAUCGUCAUAGCCUUUCACAACACACGCUAUCCAGGGUUCUAAAUGCAUUGUUACAUUGUUACACUAUGGCUCUCUAACGAGUUCUACAAAUAAGCUUUAAUGAUAAAUAUUUUUUGGGUAAUGAAUAAUUUUGGGCUUAAAUGUACUGCAUAUUCUAUUUUGUUUGAAUUGUGUUUUAUCUAAAAUAAACGUAUAAAUUUUAAUCCCAAAUUCUUUUCCAGGGCUUCAAAAUAGAAAUUAUAAAAAAUAAGCUUUAAUGAUAAAUAUUUUUUGGGUAAUUAAUAAUUUUGGGCUUAAAUGUACUGCAUAUUCUAUUUUGUUUGAAUUGUGUUUUAUCCAAAAUAAACGUAUAGAUUUGAUCCCAAAUUCUUUUCCAGGGCUUCAAAAUAGAAAUUAUAAAAAAUAAGCUUUAAUGAUAAAUAUUUUUUGGGUAAUUAAUAAUUUUGGGCUUAAAUGUACUGCAUAUUCUAUUUUGUUUGAAUUGUGUUUUAUCCAAAAUAAAUGUAUAAACUUUAUCCCAAUUUUUUUUUUCCGGAGCUUCAAAAUAGAAAUUAUAAAAAUAAUAAAAAUAAUAAUGAACCAGGACUACCAUUAAGCUUUAUAGCAGAUGAUCCCUUCACUUUUACUUUUGCGCAAAUGUACUUUUGUUUUUUUUGCUGCUGAGCCAAUGUUACAGUUUCAUUUGCCUGUCUUCAGUAUUCCAUGUUGUAAAAGUGGCAGGACAACGAUGAUGAUGAUGAUUAUGAUGAUGCAUGAAUGUUGGCCUCCCCUCUGUUAGGACUCCCACUGCUGGUCAGGCUGGUUGAUAUGCAACUCUAUUGUUUAUUGUUUAUAUUAAUUGUUAAUUUAAAGAAAACCUGCUACUCUGGUUGAAAGUGUUCUCCUCGUGCACAUCCUCUCAUGUUAUUUAUCUCCUGGCUCCUUUUUUUGUUUGCGUCACCCAGGACAGCAGCCAGGCUGGACAAUCACAUAAAUAAGACCAAUGACCCGUUGAACGACCAUGCUCGAACGACACGGCAGCGCGUGAUACGCUGCCCCAUACUUGAAGCGUUGAGAGGUCAUCUGUGCUUUCGGUGUCCGUGACUGCGUGACUUUUUAGCUUUGGAAACUAUUUUUAAAAACGCUGGCUUAGAUUUCCUGCGCCUUCUCCCUGCUGAUGCAAACAAAACACUGGUAUUAUCAAGUCACAGGUUGUUUAAGAAACGUGCACUCAGGGUAAAAAAAAAAAAAAAAGACCAAAUAUGUGCCUGAUUGUUGAAGAUGUUGAUUGUACAAACAUUUACAACUUGAUGAUGUCAGAAAAUGUAUAUUAUUUUCAUGUUGGUUUUUUAAAAAACUCUACUUGUGUUUGUAUUGCAACAUGAAUAAAUGAAGUAAUAAAGGCUGGUGUGGCCUUGUCUCUUUUACCCUCAAAUAUGGAUAUUCAGCUAGCAAAUAAGCAAGUAACAAGUAAGUUAUUUACUGUAUGUAAUGCUAAGAGUCCACUGGGCCGGCGCCAGUUCGCGCCAAUGCAAUUUGCUGUGGCGCCUAGUGUUCCCAAUAAGGUGCCUAGUGGUGUGCAAAAAAUUAAGUUUGGCGGCAAGAAAAUUUCGAAAUGUUUAAAAUCUUUGUGUACACCAAGUGGAACCAAAUGUUGAAAACAAUCCGCCUAUUGGAAUCCACUGGAAUGUAAUGGCGGAAGCCAAGUUGCGCCAAUGAUGCUAGGAGUCCACUGGGCCGGCGCCAGUUGGUGCCAAUUGGCGCCAAAGAUUAUGUGAUUGGUGCGCUGUGGUGCCGAAUAACGACAACAUGGCAACAAGUCGUACAUUUACGAGAAUAAAGUCGUAAAUUUAUGAGAAAAAAGUUGUAAAUUCACGAAAAGAAAGUCGUAAAUGUACGAGAAAAGUCAUGUACAAGAAAAAAUUUCAUAAUAUGAGAAUAAAGUCGUAAAUUUAUGAGACAGAAAGUUAUAAAUUUACGAGAACAAAGUCGUAUAUGUAUGAGAAAAGUCAUAUGUACAAGAAAAAAAUCAUAAUACGAGAAUAAAGUAGUACAUUUACAAGAAAAUAAGUUGUAAAUUCACGAAAAGAAAGUCGUAAAUGUAUGAGAAAUUAUUCGGGGAAUUAUUAUUAAACGGGGAAUUAUUC